UUGGAAAAAAAAACUACCUACUGUCAACUGCCUCCGAAAGCCUAAAACUUGGGUAGUUGGUUAGAUAGAGAUCACAUUCUUUUCGUUAUUAAACAAACUUAACAGACUUCACACGGAAGCCAGAAAGGGUACUUUCGGAAAAUCAAUAUUCCUCUGUUUCCCGCCAUUUCUCUCUCAACACUCAAAGCAUGAUCACCACCACCACCGCCCUGCACCAGUGGCUCAUGGCCUUCGUCCUAGCCUGGACACUCGUCGUUCUAUCCGCAGCAGCAGCAGAACCGCCGCCGCAGCCAGGUUGCGCCGACGAGCUCGUGAGGUUCUCGCCGUGCCUUCCGUACGUGUCGUCUCCUCCCAACAACCUCUCCGACUCGGCCCCACCCAAGUGCUGCGACGCAUUGUCGUCGUCGUUUGAGUCCGGCGAGGCCUUGUGCCUCUGCUACUUGAUCCAGGACCCUCCGAUGCUUGGGUUUCCGGUGAACGAGACUCGCGUUCUGUCUCUGUCUUCUACUUGCCCUCUCAGCAACAAUGGCACAAGCACAAAGAGCGCUGAUAAUUCUUUGGAGUCGCUCUGCUCAGGGUCGCCUGAACUCCCUCCUCUCCGCAGCUCAACGACUUCAGGGAUUUCAUGUCCUUCUCCUUCUCCUUCUGGAGCUGACAAUGCUUCAUCUCCUUUGAUGAGCUUACCAUCAGAAUCAACAAACAGUUCAAGCUUGCUGCCGGGAAAGAGAUCGCCGACGACAACUCCACCAAGCUCAGCAGUAGAACCAGCUAGGGUGUCUACAGCAAUGAAGCAAAUUUGCAGAAGCAAUACUUGGUUUCUACCUGCCGUACUGAUUUUUCUUGUUCCCAUCUCCACUCACCUAUAGUACUAAGCUCAUCUGAUCAUACACCUAAUCAAGCAUACUUGUGU